AUGAAAUGCAGUAGCCAUCAGGUUUUCCUGAGCUACCCCAACAACAACAGGUUCCUUAUGUCAAAGCUUAAACAUAUGGUACAGAUGUGCAUUUUAGUGUUCAAAAAAGAUGGUUAAGGUUUUUCCGUUUGCUAAUUAUUAUUUCCACGUCCUCCCUUUUCAAUGUUGGGAUAAAACAGAACAGUAGUACUUCCCCAAAAUUUUGACAGUUAUUAUUGUAGGUCAAGUUCAAUAUUCCUCAGCCUCUACUAAAUGCCAUGUUGCUAAACAAAAAAAUUGGACCUCCCAGUCACGUUCCAUGUAACACUUACAAAAUUCUCUCGUUGUAGGAUGUUCGUGAGGAGAAAGAGUUUCAAGUCAGCCAUCUCUGUAAAGCACAUCACAAAACGAACUUGGAGAAAGUUGUUAAAUUGAUUGGUGAAUCAGGUACUAAAUUUUAUAAUAGUACCCCUUCUCUCCCCUGAAUACACAGACCUUUGUUCUUAUUUGCAUCUUCAAAGUGUUAGGGCAGUAAGAUUAUAAGGUUUCAUGUUAUUGACCAGAGAUGUAUUAAAGUGUGGGAAAGAAGAUUUUCGUUAUGGUUUUGUGUGUAACACCUCGAACUCCAGAUCUGGAGGUCAGGGGUUCAAGCCUCAUCCGUCACGUUGUUUCCUUAGACAAGGAACUUUACUCACUUUGUCUCUCUCCACCCCAGUGUAUAAAUGGGUACUGGCAACAUACUGCUGGGGGUAGCCCUGUGAUGGACUAGCAUCCCGUCCAGGGGGGAGUAGCAAUCUUCCUAGGUGCUUCAUGCUAAGGAAACCGGGAUAAGCUCUGGCCGUUUGGGCCUUUGGCUGGUGUGCGCCUUUACCUUACCUUUUUUUGUGUAGUGCAAUGCCUAUCUGCAAUGCACUUGCCUUUUUUUACAUUAUUUUCUUUAAGCUACAUGCAAACAGACGCAACAACUCCCAAACAAUGUUGCGUCUGUUUGCAUGUAGCUAAAAGUUUGAUCGGUUUCAACUUAGCGUAACAACUCCCAACAACAUGCAACAGCGUGUGAAAACGGACGCAACGUGUAACAUCCAACAAUGUUGGGAGUUGUUGGCACAGGGCUUUACACACUGUGUGAAAAAACAACAGACUGCUUGCAGUCUGCCUUUUUUUGCUUAAAAUAGGUCUAGCUCUUAUCUCAGCCCGCGCGAUUGCCUCUCUUAUUGCAGCUCGCAUGCUUAGGUUUCGCGUGCAGUAACUUUGUAAAGAAAAAUAAGAGACCGCUCACAGUCUAAAAAACAGCUUUUAAAGAAACACUGGAAAGGUGAAAACCUUGAAGCACAACUUUCUCAUAUCGUUGGGUCUUCCCUUCUCAACUCCUUUGCGCUUUUGCAAAGGGUUUCCUCUUGGCCUUCCUCAUGUUUAAUUAUCAUAAAAUGCUUGGCGCACGGAACCCUCAAUUUGCAAAACAACCUCUACUGUACAGGAAAACUUUGUUGCCAAAAUUGUCAAACCAAACUUUCUGCAAAAUUUUGGUUCAAAACACAAUGGGGUCUUUUUUUAUUCUUGUCUUUUAAUUCAAGGUUCGAAAUUCACAUUCUAUUGACCUUUACGAAAUUUCAAACAUUUGGAUUAAAUGGAUCGCACCCUUGCAUCAUGCUCUCUUCCCUCUUUAUCUCCAAGGUGCGUCAAUAGGUGAGCCUGUGACAGUUGUAUGCUACUGCUCCUUGGGUUACCGAUCUAGUGCUCUUGCUCAACAGCUGGCGUAUGAACUGGAUAAACCCGUCCACCAAGAAUUGAAAUCAAAAACUGUCAUAUAUAAUUUGGAGGGUUCAAUCUUUAAAUGGGCAAACGAGGGGAAAGAUCUUGAAGACAACAAGAGAAGAAAAACUGUGUAUGUUCAUCCUUAUAAUAUAGUUUGGGGAAAGCUUCUUAAUGCUGAAUUGCGGAGUUCAGAACCUUGUGAGUCACGCCAAGAGACUGCUAUGCAAACCUCCUUGACAGAAGCAAAGAUGUAG